UUUGAAUACGACAUCAUAUGAUCUCAUUUCGAGUUGAAAUGGGUUCUGGGAACGACCUUCGACCCAGUUCUUCUUCCACGCCCAACGAAUCGAUGAUCCUCAUGGUCGAAAGAUGAGGUUCUUGUACUAACUCGAAGUAGCGUAACACUUCUUAAACUUAAAUCCAUCCUUGAAUUUUAGUUUGGAAGAGUUGUGUUCAAGAAAACAAAACCUAGAUUGCGAAGCUACUGUUCAUCGCAGGAGUUGUGUUCAUCGCUAUCUGAGAUCGAAACAAGAGUUGUGCGAAACCAGAGUUGCGAAACUACUGUUCAUCUCAGGAGUUGUGUUCAUCGCUAUCUUAAAUGCGAAACAAGAGUUGUGUUCAUCGCUAUUUUAUCCCAAAGUCUGCGAUUUUUGAAUUUUUGGCAACGUUGGUAAGAACACCAGGUCUGUGAACACCAGGUCUGUGAACUGCGACUCUUAUGGCCGGUAAGAAACAGGGUAAACCUGUGGCAACGCCAUCUGUGAACACCAGGUCUCGAGCUGCUGUAGGGUUCAAUGCUCUGGACGGUUUGGACGACAACUUCCCUGCACUACUUGGUGGGAAGUCUGAGAAGCAGACUGUGGUGAGCAUGGCAGGACCUGGGAGCUCUAACUCUGCCAUGGAGAUGCUGGUACCUGGGGAUCCGAUGCUUAGCUCUGGGAUGCAGGGGAAUGCAAAUAAACCUGCUGCAGUUUCUGGGAGCUCUACAGAAAGAUACAUAUCUGGGAACAAGCAGGCCACUGAUGCGUUGAUUAAAACUCCUGGGCAGCGAGGGAUUGAGCAUAAGGAGCAGACAGUUGUUCAAACAGACCCUAGGUUUGCAAACAAAGAUGGGAAAUCUCCUCCAAAGGAACCUGUUAAUGCUAAGCCUAUGGCAGUAACCCCAGAUAACACACAGCCAACAAAGAAACCAACUCUGGCAGUAACCACUGAUGCACUUGCACGGGCAGCAACUACUGAACCUUGGAGUGCUCUUUUCAAGGACAAUCGUGACCCUAGGCAUGGUAUCAAACUGAAAUAUGUCCCUCCUAAAGGAGACACGUUGGACUUUGGUGAUCGUAUACUACCUUCCAUGGUUGAAAUGUGGGGCUUUUGCCUUGUUGGGCAUUUCACUGGAAACUUUCCCGGACUCAAAGCGGUACAUGAACUUAGAGCUACUUGGGGCGUGAAAUGUCUUGUAAGGUCCCACAACAAAGGAUGGGUAAUUUUCAAAUUUACAAAUGAGGAGGAUAGAACAAAGGUACUACAUAACGGACCUUACAAUGUGUUUGGGAAGCUUCUUAUGCUCAAAGAACUUUCGGAUGACUUUUCAUUUGAAGAUGAGGAGUUCCUUAAGGUUCCAAUUUGGGUCAAGUUCCCUAAAUUACCAAUGAAGUUAUGGAAUGAUGAAGCUAUGAGUGAGGUGGCAUCGAUGGUUGGGGUCCCAAUAACCACGGACAAGAUCACCCAAGAGAGGACAAACAAUGAAUAUGCUAGAGUGUUGAUUGAAGUUGAUGUUUCAAAGCCACCGCCACUUUCUUUUCCCAUCCGACUACCUUCCAAAAAGGUUUUCAAACAAUGUGUGCUUUAUGAAACUUUUCCUAGCUACUGCUUUCAUUGCAAAGAAUUUGGCCACCACCCGUUUAUUUGCAAAAAGCUAGCUAAACAGGUUGAUGGAGCUACUGCUGCCCAGGAGACUGCUGCUGCACAACCGACCGGGUGCUGCCCUGACCCGACCGGGUAUAAAGGGCAGAAGUCAUCCCAGGAGUCUGCCAAUGCUGCCACGGUAAAUCGAGUUGACCAGGGAACUGAUGUGACUAAUCUAACUGCCCAGGAACCUUCUAAAGCUGCUGAAAAAGAACCGGAGGUCAUAGUGGAAGAUAUUGAUAGGAUUGUGAUGGAAGAAAAAGACUUAAAGUUCAAUGAUGUGGUCAUCAAAUGUGAGGUAAUAAACGGUAAGACACUGAAGUUAGUUGUCAAACCGUUUAGAUUUGUGCACGCGAGUGUGAUUAGAGUGGAUACUUCUCUUCGACUUACAGAUGAUUUGGAUAAGAAAGGACUUACUUUCACCGCCAAAUGUCUCGAGGGUAUGCCGGGAGUAGCUAAGAAGAAAGGGGAGGUUUGUUUUGACUCAAAAUUUACUACUCCCUUCCGAGCUUUCUUUGGAGUUUAAAUUAGGGAUACCUAAUAUUUUAUUGAUGUGGGAGGGAGUGGAUCUUGAUUUUGUGGUAUCCUGUGUACUAGGAUAUGCACUUUAUUUGUAACAUUGACCUGUUAUGUGUUAAGUAAUUUGUGAAGUGGGGUCUGUCCCAUAUGUUUGAUGCAUUAUAUCUAGGUUAGUUUUUUCUAGCUUAGAUAGUCAUUUUGAUUUGGAUUGAUGCAUUGUAAAAUGCUAUUUUUUUCUUCGGUUUCUAAUAUACUUACAUAUUAUCGUCGAGUUGAAA